ACACUUCCCACCACCCUCACUAAAUAUUCCUACAAAAAAAAAAAGAAAAAAGCACGUCUUCAACUCUCUGUAUCUCUCUCUCUCUCACACACACACACACACGCACACAAAGUUCACAAACACACACACAAUGUUCACAAACACACACAGAUUCAGAUGACAUUCAAGAAACAUUCGGUACAGAUUAGCUAACUAUAGAUCAUGAAUAUGACCUCCAUCUCUAGUCACUCCUCACAUGUACCUGUGGAAACCAACGGUCUGAUACUAAUUCAACAGCAAGCUCAGCAAGAACCUGACUUUGAUGAAAUCCGAGUCUCGGAUCGGUCCGAGUCGAACCAGUUGUCCAACUCGUUAACCGCUCGGUGCUCCACUCCAAGAACUCGACAGAGCUCGCCUCGAGAUCCCCUCGGAACUCGGUCCUCCAAUGCCCAGUCUUCUUCUCUUUGUUGUUUUGGGUUUAUUCGGUGGUUAGAGUUAGGGUUUUUCUUGGAAUCGAGGCAGAGAGUGCUGAAUAAGAAGGCGAGGAAGGUCUGGUAUAGGAGGCGAGUGAGGGGAAUAGCGGCGGUGAUUGGAUUGGUGGCUUGUUUUUUCUUGAUGAAUUGGUGGAUGCUUUGGCGGAUUCAAGAUUCGGGAUUUGGUCUGAGUCUUAAGCACAAGUUUCGAAGAGCAAAUGCUUCAAAGUUGUCAAUUCCGGGAGAAUUGGGAAAGAUUGGAAAGGGGAAGAAGCCACAAAAAACUAUCUAUGCAAGGCUGUUGGCUAAAGCGGCCCAUGCCUUGGCAGAGGGACAGAACAAACCCGAGCCAAAAGGCCUUUGGGAUGAGCCAUUCGUCCCUGCUUCUUCCUGGAUACCUUGCGCUGACCAACGUAACUGGGAACCUAAUGAGGGAUUCAAUGGAUACAUUCUUGUUAGUGCUAAUGGUGGGAUAAACCAACAACGAGUAGCUGUCUGUAAUGCUGUUGCUGUUGCUCGAUUACUUAAUGCAACUCUUGUUGUUCCCAAUUUUCUGUAUAGUAGCGUUUGGAGAGAUGUGAGCCAAUUCAGCGAUAUCUAUCAGGAGGAGCAUUUUAUCAACUACUUGAAACCUGAUAUUCGGAUAGUGAAGGAACUGCCUAAGGAGCUUCAGUCAUUAGAUCUGGAGGCAAUUGGUAGUAUGGUGACAGAUGCAGACAUUAUGAAAGAGGCCAAGCCAAGUUUUUACCUGAAAUACAUUCUUCCUAUCUUACAUCGAAAUAGAGUUGUCCAUUUUGUUGGAUUUGGGAAUCGUUUGGCAUCUGAUCCAUUACCAUCUCAGUUGCAGAGACUGCGGUGCAGAUGUAAUUUUCAUGCAUUGCAAUUUGUUCCCAAAAUACAAAAAACUGGUGCUUUGCUUAUUCAAAGGAUGCGCCAGAAUGCUACACACUCAGGAACAUUAGAUCGAUACCUUGUUGGCCCAUUUGCGGAAUCAAAGAUGAAGAAGAAAAGGGGUAAUGCACUGAAAGCUUCCCGAUACUUGGCUUUGCACCUGAGGUUUGAAAUUGACAUGGUAGCUCAUUCUUUGUGCGAGUUUGGUGGGGGAGAAGAAGAAAGAAAAGAAUUGGAAGCAUAUCGUGAAAUUCAUUUCCCUGCAUUGACUCAUCUAAAGUAUACCACAAAGUUACCCUCUCCAACAGCACUUAGAUCAGAAGGUUUAUGUCCAUUAGCGCCUGAAGAAACUGUGCUUAUGCUUGCUGCUCUUGGUUUUAACCGCAAGACCAACAUAUUUCUGGCAGGUGCCAAUAUUUUUGGAGGGAGGUCGAGGUUGGCUGCCUUAAUCAGCUUGUAUCCUAAUUUGGUUACUAAAGAGAAAUUGCUUUCAUCAUCUGAAAUGGAAUCAUUCAGCAAUUUUUCAUCUCAGCUAGCGGCACUGGACUUCAUUGGCUGCACAGCUUCCGAUGUAUUUGCCAUGACGGACUCGGGGAGUCAGAUGUCAUCUUUGGUGUCUGGUUAUCGUGUAUACUAUGGUGGAGGGAAAAUGCCAACUAUACGGCCAAACAAGCGAAGACUUGCAGACAUCUUUUUGAAGAACAACACAAUAGAAUGGAAGGUGUUUGAGGGAAGAGUCAGGAAGGCGGUAAGACAAAAUAAACGGGUUUUUUCACGGCCUACCGGAAGGAGUGUAUACAGGUAUCCACGGUGUAAGGAGUGUAUGUGCAUGACAGAAUAGUGGAUUUUUAAAGCAGUCUGCAAAAUCUGUCUUUGCUUGUCAAUUAUAAUUUUAACAUUCAUUGUUGUAUUUUUAGUCUUGUUUUGAGUUUCUUACCAAUUCUUGUAUUUGUAACAUUCAUUCCCCCCCCAAAAAAAAUAAAAAAUUAGUGCUGAUAGAUAUACAA